AUGAGAAGAGAUCGAUGGUCACCGGUUGAAGACGGCAAACUCUCUCGAUAUAUAGAGAGAAAUGGUGGUGAGCCAAGCUCCUGGGAAAAUGUCCCAAGGGAUGCGGAGCUGAGUUUGAGGACUGCGAAGAGUUGUAAGCUAAGGUGGAACACCAAGCUGAGGAAAGAUAUCAACGAAAAUCCCUUAUCUGCAGAGGAAAAAGCCACCAUUAUCCGAUUCCAAAAGCAGCAUGGCAAUAAGUGGGAAGAAGUAGCAAGGCUCCUGCAAGGGAGAACGGCUACUAUGAUAAAAAAUUUCUGGAAUGCCCUUCAGAAGAAGCUUUCGAAAAAAGACACACAAGUUUCUCCCAGGAACCCAGUUGGGAUCGCUUUCGGAGCUACGAGUAGUCCUGAUGCAAGUUCCAUUCCUGCUCCGGUUUCAGCCUCACUGGAGCCCUCCAAGGCCGAUCAAGGAGUGGAGAUCGUCGAGGACACCCCAGCUGAAAAAUAUAGUGACUAUUUCUUACAAGAACUUCUUAGGGACCAAGAACCGAGUGACCGUUUCAUGGAAAAUAUUUUCACUUCGUCUCCUGAUGCUGAUGGAUCACAAAAUAUAAUAAAUUAA